AUGGCAGAAAGAAAAGUUCUAGUUAAAUAUUAUCCACCUGAUUUUGAUCCUAAGUUACUACCAAACAAUCAUCGUCCCAAAGGUAAAUAGGAUAAUGUCAGAAACAUGCUUCCCAUGACUGUCAAAUGCAAUCAUUGUGGCAAUUAUCUCUACAUUGGAACCAAAUUCAAUAUGAGAAAGGAGACCGUGUGGACUGAAAACUAUCUAGGUAUUCUCAUCCAUCGAUUCUACUUUAAAUGCACGUACACAAUUAAAUCUAUUCUUUAGUUAUUGCUAUGCUGAAAUCACUUUUAAAACUGAUCCUCGAAAUCAUGAUUACAUAGUUGAAGGAGGAGGAACGAGAAACUAUGAUCCCUACAGAGAUGCCAAAGCAGCCGAAGAAGUUUUAAAAUAAAUGAGAGCCAAUGAAGAACAAGGCGAUUCCAUGAAAUUCUUAGAAAAUAAAACCCAUGAUUCAAAAAAAGAAAUGGACAUCUUGGAUGCCAUUGAUGACACUCACCAACUCAAUAGAAGAUAAACUUAAUUUACUCCUGACAUGUUGCUUAAAUAACUGUUUUAUGAUUUAGAUGCCCUAGAAUUAUAAGAAGAAUGGGAAAAAUAAAAAGAAUAUAAAGACUAAUUCAAAGUUUAGAGAUUGUCUGAUGUCAAUGAAAACGAGUAAAUUAAUAUAUUAAUAUUAAGAGAUAAAACUAUGCAUAGUGUUACUCAGCAUUUAAAAUAAGUUGUAGUUCAAUCAUAACCAAAAUAAGCGACGUAAUUAGUGAAACCAAAGUUUAUCAAAAAGUAGGUCUGCUGUGAAAAGGACGGAGAAAAGGUUGCCAUACACAAAGAGGAAGAUAACGAAAAUGUAACAGUUAAGUAGGAGAACCUAAAUCAAACUAAUCAGACCUUGUCAUUAGUGGAUGAUGAUUAUUCAGAUUGA